UUCCACUUGCGCAGUACUUCACCACUGUUGGACGAGUCCUCGUCGUCAAAGCUUCUUCUUCUCUUUCUCUCUCUCUCUCUCUCUCUCUCUCUCUCCUCACAUCUCGUUUUCUCUCUCUCCAACUCCAAUGGCGGACAACGAAACCACCGCCUCCUCACCUGCGGUGGAAAUCAAACGCUCUUGGGGCGACGAAGCCGAAGAAGAAGAACCAGACACCCCAUCGACGUCCGACAACAAAACCACCUCCGACCUCAAACUCGACUCUCUAUCUAUACACGACACCAAAAAGCUCCACAAUUUCCUCGACGACCCCCAAGACUCCAACAUCAAAGCCGUCACAGCGGGCGAUACUUUGUAUAUAUCUGCGAAGACUUUCGAAGAAUUGAAUCUGUCUGCUGACUUGUUGAAGGGUUUAUAUGUGGAGAUGAAGUUUGAGAGGCCGAGUAAGAUCCAGACGAUCAGUUUGCCUAUGAUUCUGACCCAUCCUUACAAGCACUUGAUCGCUCAGGCACACAAUGGUUCUGGCAAGACUACUUGUUUCGUGCUUGGCAUGUUGAGCCGUGUUGAUCCCAAACUCACUGCUCCUCAGGCGCUCUGUAUCUGCCCUACCCGAGAAUUGGCGAUCCAGAACAUGGAAGUUCUUAAGAAGAUGGGGAAUUAUACAGGAAUUACUUCUGAAUGUGCUAUACCAAUGGAUAGCAGCAAUUAUGUUCCAAUUUCAAAACGAGCACCAGUGACAGCACAAGUAGUGAUUGGCACUCCUGGUACAAUCAAUAAAUGGGUGACAGCAAAGAAAUUGAGCACGAACUAUUUGAAGAUUCUUGUUUUUGAUGAAGCUGACCACAUGUUGGCAGAGAGUGGCUUUAAAGAUGAUUCUGUGAGGAUAAUGAAAGCAAUUGUCAGAUGCAAUCCAGACUGCCAGGUGCUUCUAUUUUCUGCCACAUUUGAUGAUGCUGUCAGGGCUUUCGUAUCAAAGAUUGUUAAAGAUCUCUUCAAAGGAGAUUACAACCAAAUGUUUGUGAACAAAGAAGAUCUGUCCUUGGAAUCUGUAAAGCAGUACAAGGUGAAAUGUCCCGAUGAACUUUCGAAGAUAAUGGUGAUUAAAGACAAAAUUUUUGAAUUAGGACAAAAGGUGGGCCAGACAAUCAUAUUUGUUCGCACGAGAAAUAGUGCGAGCACAUUGCACAAAACAAUUGCCCAUGACGGCUAUGAGGUGACAACCAUUCAAGGUGCUCUGAGGCAAGAAGACAGGGACAAGAUUGUGAAAGAGUUUAAAGAUGGACUAACUCAAGUGCUUAUAUCUACUGAUCUUCUUGCCCGGGGUUUCGAUCAAUCACAGGUUAAUUUGGUCGUCAAUUUUGAUCUUCCAGUGAAGCAUGAAUUCCCAUCAGAGCCUGACUGUGAGGUGUACUUGCAUCGGGUUGGGAGGGCAGGACGUUUCGGCCGCAAGGGUGCUGUGUUCAAUUUGUUGUGCAAUGAUAGAGAUGAUAUGAUCAUGUCCAAGAUUGAGAGGCAUUUCAACAUGGAAGUAGCUGAGGUGCCAUCCUGGAGAAGUAAUGAGGAUUUUGAGGCUGCCCUUAAAAAAGCUGGUUUGAUUUAAAUAUUUGCCCAUGAUCGUCUGGGAUUUUUAUAUUUCCCCAGAUGCGAGCUUCUAAGUGAAGCACAGGAUAUCUAGUGUUGACACUUGAAAAUGGGCAGCAGCGGAGUCUGGUGUUUUUAAGUCAUCAGAGUAGUCUUAUACAGAUGAAUGAUCUGUUUUCAUGCAUCUUAGCGUGUCAAUGGGCUUGUGCAUGCCUUGUUAAUCAAGGCUUCGAUUUUUGAUUUUAUUUCUGUGAUUAUGAGGAUAAUUCUUUCUUACUCUGUUUUGGAAUUUUAAGGUGGUUUUUUAAAUUUUGAUAUGGAGUUGUUGGAUUUGGUAUCAAAUUGGCAAGAAUGUUGGAUAUCCUGAUUUGGAUUUAUGGAUACGAGUUAGUUUUAUGAUAUGAGCUCUCUUUCUGUGUGUC